UCGUCAUUUGGCCUUGCGAGUGCGCAAUUUUGAUAAACAAAAUCCUCCUCUUGAACGAAAGAAAGAGAAAUUAGGCUGCUACAUCUUUGACGGAGAUCGACGCAGUUCAAACACCAGCACUGGCCUUAGAGAUAAAGGCGAGUGACAACUAUUUGACCCAAUUGUUGGUAUGCCAGUGGCUGGAAAAUGGGACUGAUCGAAGAGCACGAAGUAGUCCAGGAGAGUUGGUUCUGGAGUUGGUUCAAGUGGUCACCAGUGUCCCACAACAAGCUCAGACAGGCGGAGAAGAAAAUCUUUUCGGUUUUGAAGACGGAGUACCGAGGUUGCUAUGUUGACAUUGGACCUGCCGUCGGAAACGAGGACAAAAUAUGGACAAUCAGUGUCAACGAGCACUGUCCGGGCACUCCCCUUGUCAUGCUGCACGGAAUGGGGUCUGGCUCGGCUCUCUGGGUCUUGAAUUUGGACACAAUAGCAAAACAGAGGCCGGUGUAUUGCAUCGAUCUUUUAGGUUUUGCGAGAAGUUCAAGGCCAAAUUUUUCCACCGAUCCGGAAGUUGCGGAGAAGCAAAUGGUCCAAGCGAUCGAAGCGUGGCGGCACGAAGUGAGGCUGAAUGACAUGAUCCUGCUAGGGCACAGCUUGGGUGCAUUUCUGGCAACCUCGUACUCAAUUUCCUACCCUGACAGAGUGAAGCACCUCAUCUUGGCCGAUCCGUGGGGCUUUCCCGAGCGCCCCAAUGACGUUUUAUCCAACAAAGUCUCUCUACCCAUUUGGGUCAAAGCCAUCGCCUUUGUGGUCAGUCCUCUGAAUCCUCUAUGGGCUGUCCGUGCCUCAGGUCCAUUAGGUCCGUGGUUGAUUCAAAAAGCAAGACCGGACAUUAUGAGGAAAUUUGCUCCUGUUCUUGGUGAUGACACUUCAAUUGUUGGCCAGUACAUUUACCAGUGCAAUGCGCAAUCUCCAACGGGUGAGUCAGCUUUUCAUGCCAUGAUGACAGGUUUUGGAUGGGCCAAGAGACCUAUGCUGAAUAGAAUCCAACACCUGAGGGAAGAUGUGCCCAUGUCGAUCUUGUAUGGAUCAAGGUCUUGGGUCGACAAUGCAGCCGGCGAAAUCAUCAGGUCCAAAAGACCAGAGGGAUCGUACCUAAAUGUUCAAAUUAUAUCUGGUGCUGGUCAUCAUGUAUACGCAGACAGAUGUGAGAUUUUCAACCGAAUUGUAAUUGAAACUGUGGACAGAUCGUCUCGGCCUUUCACCAUUGAAGAGCCACUGCAGGCACAAGAGGAGGACGAGGAGGAAAAAACAGAGUCGGACAAGAAAGAACGCUGAAGUGACUCAAGUAUUUAAAUAAAGAAAGCAAGAGCAUGAAAAUGGAGUUGGUCAGUGAAAGCAUUUAAUUAUUUUGUUUUGCUGAAAUGACGCAUUUUAUAACAAUUAUUGAUGAUGUAUUUUCUAUUUCCGGGGUGUUAUUUUUUCUUGCUAAUGCUCCUUGAUUAUUCAAAGCAUACACCCGUCCUUACUUUAUUCUUUCCUUUCGUAUAUCUGUGAUUUGAUUUGGUUGACAGCUAGAUAGUUCACGAUAGUAUAAUAUAGUAAUUCAAUUAAUGUUAUGAUUUACCGAUUUUGAAUUCCUAGAUUGUUUUCAUUAUAAAUUAGAAAGUCCUCUUUAGGGACAAGUUUAAAAUUGCAGAAUAUUUGCCAUGAAAUUGUAGAAAAUGCGGUGGACUAGCUGUUUCCUGCUUCUGCGGCUGAUAUUUAUUUUGUUCAGCAAAAUAACCUUGCAAUUCAAUCGCAUCACGUUUUAAUAAACUAAAAUGGUACAGUAAA